AUGUUUCAUUUUGCCACCACCAAAAAAACUUACACUGUGGAGCCCAAACAAAUUAAUAUUGAUGUUGAUGAUAAGAUUAUUGUCCUCUCAGUUUAUGCUCCAUCCUUGAAGGGCUACGCAGUACCCACCACACAAACCUAUCAAAUUUCCAUUCCGAAUGAUAUUGUGAUCAAGAAGGCUAUUGUCUCUCAAAGCAAUUUAUUUGUGAUUGAUAGUGAGGGAAAAUUGUACAAAUGCAAAUAUAGUGAAUCUUAUUCAAUAUUGAAAUUGGUUGAUACAAUUAAUGAUUCAGUGUUGGACAUUGUUGGUACAAAUACACAUUUAUUUCUCUUGGGAAAAUCAAAAGUUUAUGGAAUGGGUAAAAAUGAUUAUGGUCAAUUGGGAUUGGGACAUUUGGAUACAGUGCAUGAUUUUGUUCCAUUGAAUUUCUUUGAUAGAAUCAAUAUAAAUAGCAAAAAGUAUAAGGACAAGGUUGUAAAGAUUGCAUGUGGAGAUGCCUUCACUUUAUUCUUUACCAAUACUAAAAAGAUUUACACUUGUGGUAGUAAUUAUUAUGGACAACAGACGUUUGAAAACGAUUCGGUCUAUCUUUCUACACCUCAGAGAAUUACUGAGCUUAAGGAAAACAUAGUUGAUGUUUAUUGUGGCAGAUCAUACUCUUUAUUUAAAUUGAGUGAUGGAUCAUAUGUUGCUUAUGGCCAAUUUUUAGGGGAAACACCAUUGCGAAACACUAAAGUUAUUCCAACUCUACAACAGUUUGAUAGAGGCAACAGAUAUAGUACUCAAAUUGAAUACCAAAACAAUGAUUCAGAGGAUGUACUCUUAUUUUGCAAUGAAAAAACCACCAAUAAUAUGCACAUUCAAACCACAGAUGGUAUGAAUACAGUCAUGGUAGAAAAUACCAGUGUGAACGAACCAGUUUUAAUUGUUAAUUUUGGAACUGAUUCAAAUGCUAGAGUUAAUUUCAAUGACGAUGAAUUAAUAUUUUACAAAUCAGAUUACUCACCACACCAAGUUGAAAAAUCAAUUUAUCAACUUGUUUCAGAAAAGGCCAAACAAUUCAAAUUAUCCUCUGAUACAAUUCAAAUUGGUAAUUCGAAUAACAUUUACACAUUCCUUGCAUUUAUCCAAAUUAGAAAUCCUUCAUUUUAUACAUUCCUCAAACAAGAUAACUUAGUUAAUUCUGAAAAUUCACCAAAUAUUCUUCAAGAUUUGGUUGAUUAUUGUUUCUCAGAAAAUUGCUCAUUUAUGAAGAAAUAUUCAACCUCAAUGAUUGCAGAGCUAUUAUACUAUCUUGAAAGGAUGUGUGUAGAUUUUAAUGAUUUUACAGCCCCACUAAUGUAUUUGAGUUUAGUUCACAUUUCAAAAUGUAUAGGUUUUGAGCCAAUUGCUGACAAAUUCAUAAAGAUGUUGAAACAGGAAGGAAUAGAUCCAAAGAUAUUAGGGAAGGAUUUAUCGACAUUUAUGAAAAAUGGGAACUUUGCUACUUUACCAACCACUCAUUCAUGUCUAGAAAGUCUAUUUAAUUCUGAUUCAUCAGAUACUACCAUCAUUAUAGAUCAGUUUGGCACUGAAAAGAUCAAAUGUCAUAGAAGUGUCUUAAUUGCACAAAGUACAUUUUUUGAAGCUUUUUACACUGGUCAUUUUGCUUCUGAUGAAAUUAAUCUCUUCAAUGAUGAAGAUGUAGCUGAUGGUGCAUUAAUUAAUUUUGCAGAAAUGAGUGAUGAGGAGAAGCAAUUGCUUAUUGAUCCUGAAUCUCAAAUCAAAACAAGAGCAUUGAAAAAUAUUUUAAUGAUGUUCUAUGGAAUUGAGCCUGUUGUAGAGAAUGAUUUGGUGAUUCCAAUGUUGGACAUUGCUCACAAAUUAGAUGCAGAACAUUUAGUAAUGAAAUGUUUGAAAAUGUUCGAAACAAGUUUGGAUGAAGAAAGUUUACAAGUUAUUAAUCAAUGGUUAUCAGGAGUUGAAGACAAAACUGAUGUACAAAAUAUGAUUUUAAAGAGUGCAGAUAAUUGGUCCAAUGAAAUCUCACAAAGAAAUAUCCUUUUCCAAAAUCCAGAAUUGGAAAAUGAAUUGACCAAAGAUAUUGGAAUAUUAACACAUUAUCAAAUCAAUAAGGAGUUUGUUCCAAAUGUUACAACUCACUUUGUGGCAAAUCAUCUCAACACGGAAGAUUACAAUUUUCUAUGUGCAGUAGCUGGUAAUUGUGCCAUUGUUAAACCAGAGUAUAUUCAAAAGAGUAUUGAAUCUCAAUGUUGGAUUGACGAAGAACCUUAUCUUUUCAAUAAGUGUGCACAUGAAUUCGACUCUAAAGUUCAAACUCUACUAAAGGUAAAUCAGAAUCAUAAGGCGUUGAAAACAUUUGUUUUCUCUCACAUGACUGGACAAGUUCUAUUGAGGAAGCACACUAAGAGCAGAGUUGAAUGUUUAAUAAGGAGUGGAGGUGGAAAAAUUGAUAAUUUCUAUGCCAACUUAGUGCUUAUUAAUAAGAAUACAUUUUCCAAACACAAAAAGAUUGGUGCUAAAUGUGAAAACUGUGUUGUAGUUGAUUAUCGUAAUUUGGUUGAUAUUUUGAUGGGAGAGAACCCAGCCAAACAUGAAAUCCAUAGUAUUCAUCAAGUUGCUAUUGCCAAUGCUGAAAAGAAGAAACGUAAGAGAGAUCCAAAUGAAAUCAUUGAAAUUGAUUAG